UUUGUGGCCCUUUUGUUAUUCUCUCUCUGUCUAUCUUUGAAUUUGUGCCGCUCUAUUUUUUUCCUUGUUUUUUUGCCGUGCUGUCUUGGCCAUUGUGGUUGGAAAGAAAUGUUGCAUUGUUUUGUCAAAAUGUGAGGAGUUGGGAAACUUGGUGUUGCUUUGAUAUGGUCUUCAUAUUUUCUGCCUUUGCUAUGAGUUGUCAUGGUGUUGAUGCUGUUACAUUUCAUGACCAUGAACUGUUCGUUGAAAUCACUAUGUGAAUGUUAGUCUUAGGAGUUUGGAUCGGAUUAGAUGGAGAGUGAUAGUAUUAGACUUACUAAAACAAAUGAAUGGACGAAUAAUACUCAUAUAACUAAAACACACUGAUUGUGAUAAGAAAGUUUAGCUGAUGAAAGGCUUUGUUGCUAUAGAUGAUGGCUAAUAAAUCCCAUCGACAUCCACAUACAUAUGUUUGAUAAUUUAGAUUUUGCUUACAAAUACAAAUAGAAAAGAAAAUGUUUGAAUAAAAUUAAAUAAUAUAAUAAAAAUAUUGACAGAAAAAUUACAAGAUUAAAAACUUACAGUUUUUAAAACAAAAAUAAGUGUUUGGUUCCUACGUAGGUUUUAUAUUGAAACAGUAAUUGGGAGGCAAAAAGGGCAAGAAAGAGAUUUUAGACUGAAUUGUGUAUUGCUAGUGAGCCAUAGGAUGUUGAUAAUGGUGAGCAUACCUAUAUGCAUAUGUAUGAAUUAGCUAGAUGUGAUUAUGGAAAUGAAGCGAGUCAAGCUAAAUGAUUCAUAUGGCAUUCAUCUGGUUCACACACAAAACGAGAAAGUCCCGAAGAUCCUUUCCUAUAGAUUGAUGAAAUUUAUGUAAACAGACGCACACUGAUGUAAAAUACUUAGAAAAGGAAAUCCGGAUAUAAUAUGCAAGGAUCUAACUAUUAAGGGGAAAAAAAAAGUCUAAGAAAUGAAAGGAAUAAAAACAAUCUAAACCAAUCCUAGAGGCUUCGAAACUGUACUAUGAUCAUGGAUUUGCCAUAUUAAGGUUGGCCAUACAAAAAGUUUAGAUCACGAACUUUUAAAGUUGGAUUUUAAGAAGUUUAGAUAAUGAACAAAGCAUCUCAUUCUCAACAACAUUAUUUCAAGCAGAAACUCAUCAAUAUAUAAGGAUCCCAACUCAACUAUAGAACUUCUCUACUAUAUAAUACACAUAAUGCAAAACACUAAAAAGAAUUCUAACCUCAUGAUAUGAAUAGUGAAUGCUGGAAAAACAAAACAUUAAAAAGAAUUCUAACUGCAGGAUAUGAACAGUGAAUGCUGGAAAAAUAAACACACUGAAAGAAAUCCAAAAUGUUAAUGGAAACUCCACCAACAAGGCAUAUAAUAACUAAAGGAGUACACAGUUCUGAGCUUAUGCAAAAACCCAGGUUUAGAUUAAAGCACUUAAGUUUGUUAAUUGCUUUUUCUAUAUAGGUAAUCAAAAGGCAUAGACAAGCUUCAAAUGGUUUUGUCUUGUCAUCAUUAUCCUCAAUUCUUUAUUACCACUAUUAUAUUUCUAGCUAGCUUUGGAUCAAAAAAAUAAGUUGCUAGUGAGCCAUAGGAUGUUGAUAAUGGUGAGCAUGCCUAUAUGUAUAUGUAUGAAUUAGCUAGAUGUGAUUAUGUCUAUGUCCAAAUCGACUUUCUAGAGAGUAUGUUAAUGGGGUAGCAUCUUUUAUUGAAGUCGCUAAAUAAUAUUUGGAUGAUGAGGGGAAGACACGUUGCCCGUGCCGUAAUUGUCUUAAUGCCUAUUAGAAAUCUAUUGAGGUUGUACAUAAACAUAUUCAUAAGUAUGGGUUCUCUAAAUUAUAUGUAAAUUGGGUGCUCCAUGGAGAAGAACAUGUGGCAUUCAUGAGCAAUUCGAGUGUUAGAGAGCAACAAAUAGGAGAUAUGGAUGAAUAUUAUGAUGAUGAUAUGUUGGACAUUUUGAAUGAUGUGUAUCAAUCUUAUGAAGCGGAUGAUAUGGAAAAUGUCAAGCCAAAUACUUCCAAUGAGGAAAUCAGAAAUGAUAACAAUGGAUUUGACAAUCUUUUUGUUGAGGCUGGAAGAAAACUAUAUCCAGGUUGUAAGCUCUCGACAUUAACUUUUGUGAUUAAGUUAAUGCAUCUCAAGGUUCUAAACCAUUGGAGUAAUAAAUCACUUGACAUGUUGCUGCAACUAUUAGGUGAUGUCUUUCCAGAAGGUGCAAAUAUCCCCAAAGAUACAUAUUCCAUGAAGAAGAUGUUACGUGCACUUGGAUUAAGGGAAGCAUGAAGAAAAAACAUUCUAUAGGUAAAGAACUAGUUACAACUGAUUCGAAUGGUACAUCGAAAUCUCGCAUGUCUGAGUACCAUAUGAGGAUGAUUCUUCUGAUGAUUAUGUUGUUUUAUCAAUAGUUGCUCCACCAAUCCGUGAGUUAUUACAUCGAAUUGAUGAUGUUCAUAUCAAUCAUUUUAGGAUGUUUCAUUUGAUAGAAAAAAUCAUAGGAUAUGAACAAGAGUUGUACAAAUCAAAAAAGGACAUAAUUGAGUUUUGUUAAAUAAACGAAGUAGUUUCUGAGUGCAUCUUGUUCUACAUAAGGUAACUCAAACUUAAUUUUGUUUAGUUUUAAUUUUUAGAAGCAAUUAAUUAUACUUGUUAUUAUAUAAAAUUAUAUUACUUGUAAUUU